UUGCUUGUAUGAAAGCUCUUUCAAAAAGGCGUAAUUUUUUAAGCUUCGCCGAUGACAUAAAGUGUAUUUGGUUUUGCAAGUUGUAAAGUGUAUGAGUGGGUUGGUGAUGCCUCUUACGUGCUGAAGUACUUACGUGUUCUAGUAUUCUGCAGUGGUUUAAGGGUGUCAUAAAGUCGUGCUUUAAAGCCGUUGACAGCGAUUUUUGACUGUAGGAGAAGAUUUUUUCUGGGUUUUAAAAGGAGAAGAUCCUGUGGAUGCAUGCUUGAACUGAUUACAGAGGUUCCCAAUCCCUGACCAACCAUGUACGGCCGUUAUCGGAGCUUCUUCAACCCCUCGUUCGACUACCCGAGUUACUCUUAUAGCUACAAUCCGAGAUACAACUUCGACAGGAGCGGCGACAAUGACUCCAGUUCCGAUGGAUACAGUUCGCCCUACUGGAACGAGUAUUACUACGGACGGGCGCGGCGGACGCCAUACUACUGGGAGCGGGACAGUAUAUUUGGCAGACGCGGUCGAAGACGGCGCCAUUCAUCGGAAGAAAAACCCGAGGAAGAGAGGCCCGAGACCCCACCCAAGCCCGUGAGAACGGAACCGCCAAAGGAGGAGCUGGCCAAGAAACUCAAUGUACUGGACAUUGAUCUGCACAUCCCGGAUAACACGCUUAAGCACAAGACUGAUGACUACAUGCGGACGAAGGAGCGGAAGGUGGACGGCAAUGAACUUCCGGCGGAGCUCGUUAUCAGGCGCGGGGAUAGCUUCAAGGUUACGUUAAAACUUGACAGGCCAUACAGCAACGAGAACAAUGACGUUAAAAUCAACUUCGCUUUGGGCAAGGAUCCCGUGCCUACACGUGGAACGGAAGCGGAGUUUGAGGUGGAUGAGACCGGAAAUGGAACGUACAAGGCCGACGAGUGGGGCGCCAAUAAGCUCGCGCAGAACGGAAACGAAAUCUCCCUACAGAUAUUCGUGCCUGCCAACUGUAUUAUCGGCGAAUGGACGUUGACGGUAAAGAGCUACGCGUCCGGGAAGGACAAGGACGGUAACGACACCACUCUCGUCUUCCGGUACGAGCUGGACACGGAUAUAGCCAUCCUCUUCAACCCUUGGUGCAAAGAUGACGGCACGUACAUGGAGAAGCGGAAACCGGUGAACCCGGAUAACUCUAAAGAGACGUACGACUUGGAGGAGUACGUGCUCAACCCUUCCGGCUGCGUCUACCGGGGGAAUGCUUUCACACGCGGGGCUAAGCCGUGGAACUUCGGACAGUUUGAAGAGGGUAUUUUGGACGUGUCCUUCUCGCUGGUGCGGAAGGGCUUUGGAGAGAAAAACAUACGAGCGAUGUCACAGCCACUCAAAGUGGCUCGCAUGAUCGCCAAGAUGGUAAACUCAAGUGACGAUGGCGGUGUUCUGACGGGUAACUGGUCGGGUGAUUAUACCGGCGGCACCAGGCCAACGGCGUGGGUGGGGAGUGUGAAGAUUUUACAGGAGUACAGGAAGACUGGACGUCCUGUCAAUUUUGGACAAUGUUGGGUGUUCUCUUGCGUCACGACCACUGUGUGCCGGGCGCUAGGCAUCCCGUGCCGCUCCGUGACUAACUUCGCCUCCGCCCAUGACACAGACGGGAGCUUGACUAUUGAUAAGCACUUUGAUAGCGAAGCGGAACCAUUAGAGCACCUCAACAGCGAUUCCAUUUGGAACUUCCAUGUGUGGAAUGAUGUGUGGUUGGCGCGGCCGGAUCUGGAGCCAAGCCAGAAAUACGACGGCUGGCAGGCGAUCGACGCCACGCCGCAGGAGGCGAGUGAAGGCGUUUAUACGUGCGGUCCGGCGCCGCUGUCUGCGAUUAAAGAGGGCUUGUGUGACACCAACUUCGACUCCGGCUUCGUGUUUGCAGAAGUGAAUGGCGACGUGGUUCACUGGGAGAAGCUGCCCAACGGGCAGCACAAGUGUAUAAAGAUCGUAAAGCGAAGCGUGGGGAUGAAAAUGAGUACGAAAAUCCCGGAUGGCAAACCGUAUCAGAUCAAGGUGAGCGAGGCAGACAAGUAUAAACAGUUGUCCGAGGUGCGCCGCUUUGACGUCACACACAUGUACAAGUUCAAAGAAGGUUCUGAGGAGGAGCGCCGCGCUGUGAUGAUGGCACACAAGACCGCCAGCAGACCUAAGUCGGGCGUCUACACCGAGGAACCGGAAAAACAGGAGUUGAAGUUUCAGCUGAAACACAGCAACGAGGUGAUGAUCGGCUCUGACCUCGACAUUGAGUUCGUGGUCACGAACAACAAGGACAAGGACGCGAUUAUAAAGAAACCUGCCAUCAAAGUGGCCAACAAGACCUACACGGGGCAAAUAGGACGCGUAUUUUACAGGACGAAAUUAGAUACUCAGGUUGUGGAAUCAGGAAAAUCCUACACGUGGAAAGACACAUUGACGGUGGAAAACUACCUUCCCCAUUUGAUCGAGCAGGCGAACCUUUACAUCGAGGGCACCGCCGUCAUCGUGAACCUGACAGGCGGUAAUGAACGUAUCUUAAAGACACACGAAUUCCGCUUCCGCCGACCGGACCUCGAUGUUGAGAGUCCAAGCGAGUGUAAACUUGGCAAGCCUGUCGAGUUCAAAGUGUCCUUCACCAACCCGCUCCCAAAGCCGCUCGUGGAGUGCAAGAUAUCAAUGGAGAGCGCCGCCUUCGAUGACAUCGAGGACGAAAGUGUCGAUGAUGUUCCAGCGAAUGGUCUUUUUGAAAAGAAGUUCAAGCUGGUUCCAAACCGCAUCAAGGAGCACUCGGUCGCGUUCAGCUUCGACUGUAAGACGCUGAUGGACAUUGCUGGGUCCGAUUCCAUCACAGUCCUGCCCUAAGCACCGUUUGAUGAACCCUGGUUGCCGUCCAUCACCCUAAGGGGCUCCCUAGCCAUAUACUCAUUACAGUAGUGAAUACUACUAUAGUUGUUCAGACACUAUUUUUUAUAGAGUUUUACAUUUUGAAUGUAUUAUAGAAGUUAACAUUGUGAAUGUUUUUUGACGUUUACAUUGUUAUUAUACGCCUUUCAAAACGUCUUUGUUUGAUAUCUGUGCAAGCUUAUUUUUUUCUUAUAUUUUUUUCUACAAAGACAUUUUACAUGUAUGACAUUAUGGUAGCCAUGUUUUAGUCUACUCUUGUAGAAUAUUGUUGAGUGCGAUUUUGAAACAUGAUCGAGAUGUAUAUUUUGCUCAACUGCAUAUUUUAUGUUUUUUACUAUGUUCUUGAGACAAUUCUUGAACUAUAAAUCACAGUGGUUGAAUGAUAUGUGAGUGAUGGAACUCUUGAGAAAAAAAUAAACUCAUAUUUUAUAUAAGGUUACACAAAAAAUCAGUAUUAGAAUACCCAUUGACAAAACAUGCCAUUUGAUUGAGUUCUAAUCCCAUAAAACUGUAAUAUAUUAGGGAGAUUUAAUAUGAUGGAAGAGUACCUUGAAUUGUAUACUUUCGAUAUUGUUUAUUUCAUAAUAAUGCAGUCUAACAGUUUUAAUGCUUUCUGUAAAUAAAUAUAUUCUAUAA